AUGCAGAUCCAUCAUCAUGAAAGCCGAAAGUUUGCAUGUGGCUUUGCCUCCGGUUUGAUCUAUUUCUAUGGUUUGUGGACCAAAAGGAAGGUUGACGAUGGAGUGCCCAGUGGCGGAGCCAGUGUGUACAGAGGGUCGAGUAGCUUCUUUGGGUUUGAUCCAAUUGACAAACAAUUCAAAGUAUUGUUCAUGGGUCAUCCAUGUUGUUGUGAUGAUCACAGAAUUAUGACAUUGGGAACUAGAGGAAUGAGGUGGAGAAAGAUCAAAUUUUCUUUAAGAGUUGAGAUCGUGAGUGAAGGAGUAUGCAUUAAUGGGGUUUUGUAUUACUUAGGUGACAUGUGGGAUUAUAAGGAAGUUUCUGAGGCGAGGUCUAAUUAUGUGAUAGUUUGCUUUGAUGUUAGGUCUGAGAAAUUCAAAUUUCUUUAUCCGGAAAGCUUUUGUGAAUUGAUAAACUACAAGGGUAAGUUAGGUGUGGUUUACUAUGAUGAUCUCACUGAUGAUGCCAUUGAGUUGCGGGUAUGGGUUCUAGAGGAUGUGAAGAAACAAGAAUGGUCGAAGUAUUCAUACACUCUGAGGGGUGAUAAACUCUUCCCGCAUUAUUCUUCCGUGGUUGGAGUGAUUUCUACGGGUGAAAUUGUCUUGUCGAUGACUGACUAUACAUCCAAACAACCGUUUUAUAUUUACUAUUUCAAUCCAGAAAGGAACACCAUUCGACGUGUUGAAAUCCAAGGUUUCGGAGAAUACCAUCUUACAAAACCUUCAGAAAAACCUAGUAGAGUCUACGUCUUUUUAGACGAUUGUAGUAGAUUCUAUACCUUCGUAGACCAUGUUGAGAAUCUUAAUGUUAACGAUCCAAGGCUACUCAAGUCAAGCAUCUAUGCUCCAUAUGUGUAUAAAGAAGAAGAUGAAGAAUCAGAAGAAGAAGAAUAUGAUGAUGAAAAAAAUAUUUUUCGUCGUUUUUAUGGUAAAAAGAGGAGAUGGAGAUGA